AUGGCCAGCUUUACGCCAACGAAAUCAGCUUCAUCUUCUCCACUAAAGUCUACCGAAACCCCGCCCCUCACAUCUUCAAAGACUUUACCAGCAAAUGGAUUGCCAAGUGGACAUAAAGUCAAUGCAUCUUAUAAGACUUCAGCUUCUGUUGGCGCUUGUAGUACAGUCAGCUCCACGACCAAACUCAGCACCACUUCUACAGUCGUUGCUGCUCCCGCUCGUCCAGGAACGUACUCGUUUGUAGUAGCAGGAACAAACUUUCAAAUUGAUGAAAAGUACAAAUUCGUCAAGGUUAUUGGUCGUGGAGCCUAUGGCGUUGUCGUUUCGGCUGAAAACACCGAAACAAAGGAGAAGGUGGCUGUCAAGAAAAUCUCGAGAGCCUUUGAAGACCUUGUGGAUGCCAAACGUAUUUUGCGCGAGAUUAAGCUCUUGCAACAUUUUGACCACGAAAAUGUUAUAACAAUACUGGAUUUAUUACCACCACCGUCUUGGGCACAGUUUGAAGAUGUCUACAUUGUCGCCGAUCUGAUGGAAACAGACUUGCAUCGAAUUAUAUACUCGAGGCAGCCACUUACUGACGAACAUGUACAGUACUUUUUGUACCAGAUUUUGAGAGCACUCAAGUACAUUCACUCGGCGAAUGUACUUCACCGAGAUUUAAAGCCGUCAAAUUUGUUGCUCAAUUCAAAUUGUGACUUAAAAGUAUGUGAUUUCGGCCUGUCACGAGGUGUCGCUCCAGAGGAAGACAAUAUGGAGUUGACUGAGUACGUCGUCACACGCUGGUAUCGCGCGCCAGAAAUUAUGCUUUCAUCUAGAGAGUAUACCAAGGCAAUCGAUAUUUGGUCCACUGGUUGUAUAUUUGCAGAAUUACUUGGUCGCACGCCACUCUUUCCAGGUGACGAUUAUAUUCACCAGCUGCAAAUCAUUUGUGACAAAAUUGGAACUCCUUGUGAAGAAGAUCUACAUUUUGUUGUCAGCGAACGAGCCAAACGAUUUAUGAAAAAUCAACCCAUGAGACCUGGUGUUCCAUUUAGUAAAUUGUUUCCAAAGGCAUCUCCCGAGGCUCUUAAGCUGCUUCAACGUAUGCUUAAAUUUGACCCCGCAAAGCGUAUUUCGGUCGAAGAAGCGCUUGAGCAUCCGUACUUGGCAUCCCUUCAUAAUUUAGAGGAUGAGCCUGUGGCUGAAAGUUGCUUUAGCUUCGAUUUUGAAAAAGAAGACCUGACGGAAUCGCGGCUGAAAGAGCUUAUUUUUGAGGAGAUUCUAAAAAUUCACCCAGAUGCACUGCGCAGCGUUAAACUGCCUCCAGAGGGCGUAUGCAGUCCUCCAACGGAACAUGUGCUCAGCCCAAGUACAACACGUUCGCAGAUUUAA